CCGACGCCCCGCCCGGGGACUGAGGGGGAGGAGCCAAAGGAGGAGGAGGAGUCGCAGAUCCGCCACCGGAGGACCACUGCUCACCAGGGCUACCGAGGAGCCACUGGCCCCACGCCUGCUUCCCCGCAUCCCCGACCGCCAGCAUGAUCGCUGCGCAGCUCCUAGCCUAUUACUUCACUGAACUAAAGGAUGACCAAGUCAAAAAGAUUGAUAAGUAUCUGUAUGCCAUGCGGCUCUCUGAUGAAAUUCUGAUAGAUAUCCUGACACGCUUCAAGAAAGAGAUGAAGAAUGGCCUUUCCCGGGAUUAUAACCCAACAGCCACGGUCAAGAUGUUGCCGACCUUUGUAAGGUCCAUCCCUGACGGCUCAGAAAAGGGGGAUUUCAUCGCCCUGGAUCUCGGCGGGUCUUCCUUUCGUAUCCUGCGGGUGCAGGUGAAUCACGACAAGAACCAGAAUGUCUUCAUGGAGUCUGAGGUCUACGAAACCCCAGAGAACAUCGUACACGGCAGUGGAAGCCAGCUUUUUGAUCAUGUCGCUGAGUGCCUGGGAGACUUCAUGGAGAAAAGGAAGAUCAAAGACAAGAAAUUGCCCGUGGGAUUCACCUUUUCUUUCCCCUGCCGACAAUCCAAAAUAGACGAGGCUAUCCUGAUCACAUGGACAAAGCGGUUCAAAGCCAGUGGUGUGGAAGGGACAGACGUGGUCAAGCUGCUGAAUAAAGCCAUUAAGAAGCGAGGGGACUAUGAUGCUAACAUUGUGGCUGUGGUGAAUGACACAGUGGGGACCAUGAUGACCUGCGGCUACGAUGACCAACAGUGUGAAGUUGGCCUGAUCAUUGGUACUGGCACCAACGCUUGCUACAUGGAGGAGCUGCGACACAUUGACCUGGUGGAAGGCGACGAGGGGAGGAUGUGCAUUAACACGGAAUGGGGAGCCUUUGGGGACGACGGGUCCCUGGAAGACAUCCGGACCGAGUUUGACAGAGAGUUAGACCGGGGGUCCCUCAACCCUGGGAAGCAGUUGUUCGAGAAGAUGGUCAGCGGCAUGUACUUGGGGGAGCUGGUCCGGCUCAUCCUGGUGAAGAUGGCCAAGGAAGGCCUCCUGUUUGAGGGGCGCAUCACUCCGGAGCUGCUCACCAGGGGCAAGUUCAACACGAGUGACGUGUCAGCCAUUGAAAAGAAUAAGGAAGGCAUUCAAAAUGCCAAGGAAAUCUUAACCCGCUUGGGAGUGGAGCCGUCUGAUGAUGACUGUGUCUCGGUCCAGCACGUAUGCACUAUCGUCUCCUUCCGUUCAGCCAACCUAGUGGCUGCCACGCUCGGGGCCAUCCUGAACCGCCUGCGUGACAACAAGGGCACAGCCAGGCUUCGGACCACAGUUGGUGUGGAUGGUUCUCUCUACAAGACACACCCACAGUAUUCCCGGCGUUUCCACAAGACCCUGAGGCGCCUGGUGCCUGACUGCGAUGUGCGUUUCCUCCUCUCAGAGAGCGGCAGUGGCAAGGGGGCUGCCAUGGUGACCGCAGUGGCCUACCGCCUGGCCGAGCAGCACCGGCAGAUUGAGGAAACCCUGGCCCACUUCCGCCUCUCCAAGCAGAACCUGAUGGAGGUGAAGAAGAGGAUGCGGGCAGAGAUGGAGAUGGGGCUGAGGAAGGAGACACACAGCAAGGCUACCGUCAAGAUGCUGCCUUCUUUUGUCCGGAGCAUCCCGGAUGGGACUGAGCAUGGUGACUUCUUGGCCUUGGAUCUCGGAGGAACAAAUUUCCGUGUCCUGCUGGUGAAGAUCCGUAGCGGGAAAAAGCGGACGGUAGAAAUGCAUAACAAGAUCUACUCCAUUCCCGUGGACAUCAUGCAGGGCACCGGGGAAGAGCUGUUUGACCACAUUGUCUCCUGCAUCUCCGACUUCCUGGACUACAUGGGGAUCAAAGGCCCCCGGAUGCCUCUGGGCUUCACCUUCUCGUUUCCCUGCAAGCAGACGAGUCUGGAUUGUGGAAUCUUGAUCACCUGGACAAAGGGUUUCAAGGCCAGCGACUGUGUGGGUCACGAUGUGGUCACUUUACUGAAGGAUGCCAUAAAGAGGAGAGAGGAGUUUGACCUGGAUGUGGUGGCCGUGGUCAACGACACGGUGGGCACCAUGAUGACCUGCGCCUAUGAGGAGCCCACCUGUGAAAUUGGACUCAUCGUAGGGACUGGCAGCAAUGCCUGCUACAUGGAGGAGAUGCGGAACGUAGAGAUGGUGGAGGGGAACCAGGGGCAGAUGUGCAUCAACAUGGAGUGGGGUGCCUUUGGCGACAACGGAUGUCUGGAUGACAUCAGGACAGACUUUGACAGAGUGGUGGACGAGUAUUCCUUAAACGCUGGGAAACAGAGGUUUGAGAAGAUGAUCAGUGGAAUGUACCUGGGUGAGAUAGUCCGUAAUAUCCUCAUUGACUUCACCAAGAAAGGCUUCCUCUUCCGGGGACAGAUCUCCGAGCCACUCAAGACGCGAGGCAUCUUUGAGACCAAGUUUCUCUCUCAGAUUGAGAGCGACCGGUUAGCGCUACUGCAGGUACGGGCCAUCCUUCAGCAGCUGGGUCUGAACAGCACGUGUGACGACAGUAUCCUGGUCAAGACUGUGUGUGGGGUGGUGUCCAAGAGGGCCGCGCAGCUGUGUGGUGCUGGCAUGGCCGCCGUGGUAGAGAAGAUCAGGGAGAACAGAGGACUAGAACAUCUGAACGUGACCGUGGGAGUGGACGGGACGCUCUACAAGCUUCAUCCGCACUUCUCCAGAAUCAUGCACCAAACCGUGAAGGAACUGUCACCAAAGUGUACCGUGUCCUUCCUCCUAUCUGAAGACGGCAGUGGCAAGGGGGCCGCCCUUAUCACAGCUGUGGGCGUGCGGCUCAGAGGAGAGGCUACGACCGCCUAAGCACCAGGAUCCUCCCAGCCCCCAGCCCACCACCCUUCCAGCACUCCUGUCUAGAACCGAUGACCCCUGUUCCACCCAGCAAGCCCUGCUGGGAGACCCAGCGCCGGAGCCCACAAUGCCGCCGAGGGAGGAAGGGGACCACGGUAAUGGAGCUCACUAUAGAAUACCACACAGAGUGCGUGCUGUUGAUCUCGCGCCUGGACCCCUUGACCCCCACCCUGCCACUCUGCAUGAAUCAAGUUCGACCUGGCCAUGCUUUGCCCAUGCGUGAAUGUAGUGGCACCAAGUCUAUGGCAGACGUCCAGCCAGGAAAGAGUCCCCCUCUCGGACCCACCUUCUGGGCCUUUCAAGCCGGUCCUUUGGAGUCUCCUCCCCACCCUGUGUGAAGUGUAUAAUCACCAGCAGACACUGCCGAGUCCUGCCCACAGGGGCAUGGCCUGAAGGGCCAGCGUGAUACGUGACGCUGACUGCUGCUGUCUCCUUCCCCUCCCAGCACCCGCUGCAGCCUGCCAUCCCGUCUGGAUGUAUCGAUGCCACUGAAUUGUUGUGUCCGUGGAACCAGUCCUAGCCACGUUAUGACAGUCUUGCAUUUUGUUUGUCUUGUGGUUGUGGUGGUGGUGGUGGUUGGUGGUGGUGGGGUAGGUGGGCAGUCCUGUGGGAAAACAUCUUAUCUCCAUCUUGAUGGAAGGAACCAACCCACAUGACGACGACGACGCCAUCACUGGAAUCUCCCAUUGCUUUAGUGAGCCUUGUUGUACGACUAGUAAACUUUGUACCAACUCAAAA